AUGCUUGAUGUAAACGGAGUAGUGGACGUGGAGCAUCUCAAAGCACAGAACCUGAGAAUGCUUCCUACGGAUCAACACAAUCAAAUCUUGAACCAGGGCAUGAAAGCUCUGCCCAGAGACUGCCAUGAGAUGCUCCUCUCCUCCUCGGGCCAGGCCAGAGAUGGAGUGUACCUCAUCCAGCCGGGGGACGUUCCCAUCUUGGUUUUUUGCGCCAUGCAGGAAGGCGGAUGGACCGUGGUGCAGCACAUCACCAUGAACAGCAGCGUGAAUUUCGACCGCACUUGGUCUGAGUACAAGCUAGGAUUUGGGGCUGUCACAGGGGAUCACUGGCUGGGCAAUGAGUACCUCCACCAGCUGACACGUGGCCCUGGACGCUACAAACUCGGAGUAAAGCUGGUGGACAAAGACGCGGUGACGAAAACAGGAGAAUAUGAUCCAGUUUUGGUAGAAGAUGAUGCGUCAGGUUUUCGACUGAGGCUGGGUUUGUUUCAGGGGACAGCUGUGGACGCUCUAACCCUGGACACAGAGAAUUAUCUUCAUGACAACCAGAAAUUUACCACAAAAGACAAGGACAAUGACAACUACUUCCAGAACUGUGCCAAGCUGGAGUUCCAGGGUGUAGCGGGGGGCGGCUGGUGGUAUGACGCCUGUGCAGGAGCGAACCUCAACCGUAGAAAUGUGAUCUACUGGCAGAAGGAUUGCAACAAGGAGCAUCUGUGCAAGUAUGCGUGGAUGAUGGUGAAGCCCUCAGACAGCUUCAAACUGGUGCAGGGCGCGGACUGCAGGAAAGAUGAGCUCUGA